AUGCGAUUUCCCUUUGAGUGUGAAUCGCCCUUUCUCUUCGCUGUCUACCACCUGGACCACUACCCUGCAGGCAACGCGGAGAUGGGCCCGGAGGCCUCUUUGCGAGGGCACAACAUGGGGGCGGACUUCAAUCAUCCUAGCGGCUGGAGCAUGUACCACGGCAAAAGCAUCCCCGGGUUCCCCCGGCACCCACAUCGUGGCUUCGAGACCAUCACCGUGACACGGCGUGGGUGGGUGGAUCACACCGACUCCCUGGGGAACGCUGGUCGCUUCGGAUGUGGGGAUGCGCAAUGGAUGACUCCAGGGAAGGGCAUCAACCACUCAGAGAUGUUUCCGCUGCUGAACCGUGAGGGAGAAAAUGUUUUGGAGCUUUUCCAGAUCUGGAUCAACCUGCCCAAGAGGAGCAAGAUGGUGGAGCCCAGCUUCAAAAUGUUUUGGGCCGAAGACUUGCCAUCGCUGAAGGACACCAGCGGGCCCGAGGUGGUCCUCAUUGCUGGACACCUGCCGGGGUUCAAUGCGCCACCCGCGCCGCCACCCGAUAGCUAUGCCUCGGAGAAGAGCUCGGAUGUGCUGGUGGUGACCCUCAAAAUCCCUCUUGGCUCCAGCUGGACACUGCCAGCCUUCACAGGCGAUGUGAAGGGCCUGAGCCGAAACGCCUACAUCCACACGGGGCAGCAGAGCAAGGUGGCCGAUCAGGUCAUCUCUGGGCAGAAGCGGCUCAAACUGCGACCCGACAUGGACACGAGCUUUGCCCCGGUCGACGCACCCAUGGAAGUGCUGAUCUUGCAGGGCAGUGACAUUGGAGAGCCCGUGGUGCAGCACGGGCCCUUCGUGGGUAAUAGCCGGGAGGACAUUGCCAAGGCCUUUAAGGACUACCAGGAGAGCGAAUUUGGUGGUUGGCCUUGGCCCUCCGACGCUCUGGCGCACGAGCGUUCACAGCAGCGCUUCGCGCUCUACUCCGAUGGGCGGAAAGAGGAGAAGCCCAUGCCGAUGGGACGCCAGGACUCCCAAGUCAACGCCGAAGGCACCACGUGGACGCGGCUGUUCGGAACGCUGCAGGCAGAUGUCCAUGAGCUCCGCGACUGGCUUGAGCCCAGUGAUAUCCAAGAGUUGAUCGAGCAGCAGCCACGCUUCGUGCGCCCACAUCUCGGCAGCCUAUGGAGGACCUUGGCCAUGACGGUUCUUCCGGCCUUGUACUUCCUAGGCCGCGUGCUUCUUCGAGCACAUCGACAGGUCGAGGGACCUCGACUUUCGGGGCUCAGCACCGGUUUUUGCAGCGUUUGGGCCAUCAUAUGUUUGCUGGCUCUUGCUGCAGCUGCGUGCAGGAACCCUGGCGUGGUUCCCCGCUCGGCGGAUCCCCAGCGGGCCUCGGUGCCUGCCAGGUUUGUGAUGGUGAAUGGAGUGACGGUGAAGCAGGGAUGGUGCAGCACUUGCAGGGUCUAUAGACCUUUGCGCUCGAAGCAUUGCGCCUACUGCGAUCGCUGUGUCUUUCGCUUCGACCAUCAUUGCACUUGGUUAGGAAAUUGUGUGGGUUUGGGCAACUAUCGUUCGUUCCUCCUGCUGGUCUUAGCGGCCGCGUUGUUCUUCGGGCACUCCGCGACCAUCACCUGCAAGGUCUUAUGGCGACUCUUCUUCGAGGCUGAUCCAAAGCUGGCACUACGACCAUUCCUGAUGGCCCAUGGGGGAGAGUUGCUCUACUUCUUUUACGCCAUUGCGAUGUUUUUGGCCUUUGGCAUCCUACUCUUGUACCACAGCAUCAUCAUCGCCUGCAAUCUGACCACCAAUGAACAUGUCCGGGACUACUACCUACAUUUGGACAGGAACCCCUUCGAUCUCACCUGUGUGGAGAACUAUCAGCAGAUCCUUUGCUCUCCGUACGGGUGCAACGGCGUGCCCCGAGCACCGCGCGCUGUCGCGGUGCGCGCGGUGGAGUUCGCUGAGUCGCCCAAGGAGUUGGCGGGCUCGCCCGAGAGCGCUUGA